CGCAGUUGAUUUGAAACACAUGCUAAUAUCGAUUAAAGUUUUGUCCGUCGGGAGUCGCUGUAAAUCAUUAUGAGGAAAGCAAAGAGAACAGAAAGAAUUUAUUAGUAAUUUCAUUUAAUUAUUAAAUAAUAGUAAGAAAGAUUAAUGGAAAGAUGACGUUAAUUACGUGAAAGUUAAAUGUGCCACCGACUUAAAUUACUUUAAGUGGAUAUUUUCGAGCGAUGGAUGAAACUGAAAUCGGAAUAGCCGUAGCUAACCCUAACGAUAGGCUUAGCUCAUCUAAUCUGGAAUUGAAUCGCUUGAAUUCUGUUCAAUUAUUGGAUUCACAAAAUGUUAAGAAGGACUGCAGUCGAGAAAUUAAUUGUAUUACAAAUACGUCUACCAGUAGAACAGAUAUCAAUGAUGUUAGAAAUCAGUUCAAAGAGAAAUUGCAUUUAUCCAAUACUAAUAUAGGUUUGUUGAAUGGUUAUAAUUGCCAUAAUUUAAAUGGAAUAGAGGAGGAGAAAGGUGUUACCGAUAAUGUAAAGAAAUGCUUAAGUGACUGUGAAAUCAUUAGGCCAGAUUGUACAUGUGAAAAGAUUGUACAAAAUUCUGAUGAUUUGUGUAAAAAUUCAAAUGGAAAAUCUCUCUAUGAAACUUGUCAUACUGUUUGCAUACAUAAAAGUCAGCUGGAUGAAAAUUGGAGUGAUACAGACAGUAAAUUGUAUCAUUGCGCUGCUUUGAAUAAAGAUGCAGCUAAAAAUAAAGUGGGUGAAAUGUUACAACAUUCUGUUACUUUUAGUGAAAAUGAGAAGGCGAAAGUAGAAGAUUCUGUUAUCGCCAGAGAAGUUACUAAUAGGUGCAAGAGUGUUAAAUCCUCUAUAUGCAACUGUAAAACUAAUACGGACAAAAAAUGUUCUUAUUUAGAAAAUGGUCCUUCUAGUGUAUGUCGUUGCUGUGAUCAAACUGAAAAAAGACUCUGUGACAAUUCUGAUACUGCCACUAACGAAGAACUUAUAAAAUACGUUGGCUAUGAAUCUGAAAAUCAGAUGCCGGAUAUAAUGCGACUUAUCCAAAAGGACUUAUCAGAGCCGUAUUCUAUAUACACUUAUAGAUAUUUCAUUCAUAAUUGGCCAAAACUUUGUUUCCUGGCAAUGGAUAAUGAUAAAUGUGUUGGUGCUAUUGUCUGUAAAUUGGACAUGCAUAAAAAACACAGCAAACGAGGUUAUAUUGCUAUGUUAGCAGUUGACGAAAACUAUAGAAAAAGAAAAAUAGGUUCAAAUCUUGUCCUAAAAGCUAUUCAGGCAAUGAUUAGAGAUGAAGCUGAUGAGGUUGUUUUAGAAACAGAAAUUACGAAUAAGCCUGCACUUAGAUUAUAUGAGAAUUUGGGAUUUGUUCGCGAUAAACGUCUCUUCAGGUACUAUCUAAAUGGAGUAGAUGCUCUCCGUCUGAAGUUAUGGUUGCGAUGAAGAUAUAUUAAGAGUGUGUGUGUUGUGUGUAUGGCAUUCUCAUUUCUUCUGGACUAAGCAGGAUUCUUUUUCCUGUGCUUCAAACAGGAUUGUUACAAUUAAAAUUUUAGAAUUAGUACUUAAAUCAAAAUUCUAAAUUUCAUGGAAACUUCUUUAUUUGAACAUUUAAAAAUAUUAUUUGAUCUUUAAAGCUUACUUUACAAAAAAACUAAGAACAGUAAAUUUAUUGUAUUUGUCAUCACAUAUUAAUAUAAAAGAUAAAAGAAUAUAAUUAUAUUUUAGCAAGUGCUAAACAAAUGAAUUCGAUUAUAGUCAUAUAAAUUUAAUCAUAUCAUGUUGAUGACAAAUACAUUGUGUUAUUCAUGAAAAAAAUGUAAAUGAAAAUUUAUUUAAAUGUUGUAAUUUUGGUUAAAGCCAUAUGUGAUAUUAAUAUUUUAGCCACUAAAAUUUUGCUUCAGAUAAAAUUAGCCCAUAACAUAAUGUGUAAUUUACAUGUAAAAAGUCUGUACAUUAUAUGUGGGAUUUAUUACUGUUUAUGUGAACAGUCUGAGAAGUAAACAGUUUUAUCAAUGUGAGAAAUUGCUUAGAAGUGCAAUAGCAUGAAUAAAAAAUACAUUUCAACCAAAUGAGAUAGUUGUUCAUUUUAAUCUUAUAUACUGUUAAGAAUUUCUGAAAUUGUUUACUUUGUAUGUUAAAAAAAUUUCUUAAAAUUGUAUUUUAGUGUUAGAAAUUUUCCAAUAGAAAUCUCCUUUCUGUAUUGAAACUAUAAAAUUAUCUAAAUUUUUAUUUGAACAUUAUAUAAAAACUGUUAUUAGUAUGAAUUUGAGUGGUAUAGUUUAUAAAGCUGAUCCAAAAUUGUUUAUGGAUUUUAGAAAAAUUAUGAGCAACUGUGAAAAUGUGAUCUAAAGUUAUCCUGAACUAAACUCUUUUUAUUCUUGACAUUAUAUAAAAAUGAAAACUUUAUCUAAAUAGAUUUUUUUUAGAUGGACAUGAAUAACAAUUUACAAAUUAUUCUAAGUUGAAAUACUGAAAUUAUAUUAUGAUAAUAGAAUCCUAUCCUCCAUUUUAUUGUCAUUUUUAUCCACAGUUUAAUUCAUUGCUUUAAGUGUUUGUGAACAAUUGCCAAGAUCUAUUACCAAAUACAGUCAUGCUGAUUUAAAUUUCCUUAAAAUAUAUGCAGAAAAUAUUUGUUGAGCAGCUUCCAGUGUUUGUUACUUUCUGAUAAAUUCUUAAAAAAAAUUUGAAAUACAAAAUGUUUAAAAGUUUACAUAAAAAAUAAUUGUAAAAAUUAAUCUUUCAGAUAAUUAUGUAAUAAAGGAGUGUGUUUUAUUUA